AUGGUACACAGCCCCAGCCUCUGGACCCUGAACUACAGCCACCUGUGUGCUAGCCAGUUAGCCAGCCAGCCGAGCAACAGCGGUCCAGCCGUGCAGCAACAGCAACAGCAACAGCAACAGCAACAGCAACAGCAACAGCAACAGCAACAGCAACAGCAACAGCAACAGCAACAGCAACAGCAACAGCAACAGCAACAGCAACAGCAACAGCAACAGCAACAGCAACAGCAACAGCAACAGCAACAGCAACAGCAACAGCAACAGCAACAGCAACAGCAACAGCAACAGCAACAGCAACAGCAACAGCAACAGCAACAGCAACAGCAACAGCAACAGCAACAGCAACAGCAACAGCAACAGCAACAGCAACAGCAACAGCAACAGCAACAGCAACAGCAACAGUCCCCGCCCCAGCUAUUCCACUUUGGUACAAAGAUCGAGCUACUGUCGGGUCUUGGCGCCAAGUUGGAUGUGCAGAGAACAGGCCACUAG